AAUCAAAUGACGCCGAUGCUAAGAGCCUCCUUGUAAGGCGGUUCUUGCUUAUUGACAUGACUCCAUUCAUUAGAAGAAUUGUAACAUGUAUUUGCGACGUACUCAGCUGAAGUUAGCUACGCAUAAAGUAAAUAAUUUCUGCCGUCUGUAUGAGCGCUAACUCAAAGGUGACCGUGGCUGCACGGAAAAGGAAAUAACGACCGCAGCUGCACGUGUGCUGUACCGCCGUCUGCGACUGCGGGAAUAAGCUCAGCGGAUGAGCUGAGCCUCACUACGCAUUGCCUCGUUUGCCGCAUUUCGGCAUGGACGUGAGGGUCGUCUUACUUCUGGCUUUGCUCGUUGGAAUAACCCAUGCGAAUCCCCGCUGCUGGAAUGUAAAAAAUGGCGUCGUCUGCUUCGGCAAGAAUUACUACUACAGUAAGACGACCGAUCCGGAUGGAAGCGUUCAAGAACAAAUGUCUUACAGUUCCAGCCAAGCGAUAAUCGUUUAGCGGAGAACAGCCCUUGCUUUGAUGUUUUCAUAGCAGGUUCAUCCGCUACUGAACCACCGCCAUGGAGUUGGCGGUGAACCAGGAGGCACCAUUCUCAACGCCGCCUGUGCAGCCUUCUACGGACAGCAUUGCGGAACCGGUCAAUGCCACAACGUGGGCCGGCAGCCGCGACGAAUCGCUGGCGCGAGUGGAGCUCGGCGUGCUCGCGUUGAUCUUCACGUUCACCGUGGCCGGCAACGGCUGCGUCCUAGCUGCCUUGGUAGCGCGGCGCUCGAAGAUGACGAGAAUGUACUACUUCCUCUUGCAGCUCUGCAUUUGCGACUUGACCACUGCGUUCUUGACGGUGCUGCCACAACUCGGUUGGGACGCGACUUACCGUUUUAGAGGUGGAAAUAUUGCCUGCAAAUUUGUCAAGUUUGGACAGCUUCUGGGACCAUACCUAUCCUCUUACGUCCUUGUCGUGACGGCAAUAGACCGUUACCAGGCCAUCUGUUUCCCCCUCUCUAACUGCUCCUGGACGCCUACAAAGUCCAAGCUACUCAUCUCCGUCGCCUGGAUUGUGGCGCUUUUGUGCUGCGUGCCGCAGCUUUUUAUCUUCAGCUACCACGAAAUUUCGCCUGGCGUUCACGACUGCUGGGGUACGUACGUCGAGCCAUGGGGCCUACGUGCGUAUGUCACCUGGUACGGCGUCUCCGUCUUUUUCGUGCCAUUGCUGGUGCUGACUUUCACAUAUGUCGCGAUAUGUCGCACCAUCUGGAGGAACUUGUACCUGAAGCGGCGUAAUUCUGAAGCAGAAGCGGCAUGCAUGGUUGGACGCGCUUAUCGCUUCAAGGGGGCCUCGACCAGCUGUGGUACGCCGUACGUCAGUCCGCACAAAGCGAAGACAGUGAGCUUUAUGGGUCCCCGGAGCCAUUCUGUGCGCGGCUUGUCCCGGGCCAAGAUAAAAACCGUCAAGAUAACCGUCGUGGUUAUACUGCUGUACAUCGUCUGCUCAUCGCCCUUCAUCUGCGUGCAGAUGUGGAUGCACUGGAGCCCCGAGAUUGACUACGGCAAUUCAUGGACCAACGCCGUCGUGACAAUCCUGAUGCUGCUCAACAGCCUGAACAGCUGCGUGAACCCGUGGAUCUACCUGCUGUUCAACCGGAACCUGAUGCAUGCGCUCAGGUACCAGGUGUGCCGCUGUCCGUCCAAGAGCGUCAGCCCCGCUAUGGCCACGAGUGCAAUGGUUCCCGAGCUAACAACCCAGGGGACAGAGGCCAACGUGACGCUCGUUCAGCAGCCGGUGCUCGUGGAUUUCGAGUCCACCGGCGGUGGUAGGGGACAGCGUGAAUGCUGCCGCACCAGAAUGCUCGGCGACAGAAAUGGGGUCUCCUCGGGUGAGACCAUCGCGAUGGCACCCUUCGCCCUGCAGGCGGCCAGCCCCAGCGAUGGCAGCGACGGACGAUGUGUGCCAGAAUCCAACCGGCGACCUCGUGCUUAGCAGCGCAACACCACUGCCGCUGAGGCCCCGCGGCGGCUACAGACGAGAGGAG